CUUCAAUACUUCAUGAUCGUGAUUAAACUGUACUCUGUACCUGUAGGCUGCUGUGUCAACAUAACUUUAUUUAUCCUGUUCUACUACAUAAUACACGAUUAAUAUAAAGUUGCGGCAAAUCAAAUUAGGGCGAAAAUUUAGCUGUGCUAUAAUUUUGAAAAGAUCUCAGAUUCAUAUUUCAGAUUUUCAAGAAUUGUUUUCUUCAUACAAUAUAACCUAAAAGUCAUAUAAUGACAGCAGGUAAAAAUUCUAUUACUGCAACUAGUAAACCACUUUUUCGAGAUUUAAAAGCUGAUGAUCUAGAGCCCGAAGCAACUGUCAUCGAAAGUUUGUGUGUGAAUUGUGGAAAAAAUGGAGAAACACGAUUGUUUCUUACGAAAAUUCCUUUUUACAAAGAUGUUGUAAUCAUGUCUUUUGAAUGUGAACAUUGUGGUUUUCAAAAUAAUGAAAUACAAAAUGCAGGAAAAAUUGAAGAAAAGGGUGUAAAGAUAUUUCUCAAAAUUAGGACAGAAUCAGAUUUGAAUAGACAAGUUAUCAAAUCAGAUUAUACGAGUGUAUGUAUACCUCACUUGGAUUUCGAAAUUCUAUCUCAAUCACAGAAAGGAGAGGUGACUACUGUGGAAGGCAUUAUUGAUAGAACUAUUACAGGAUUGGAACAAGAUCAAGAUCAUCGUAGAGAAAAAAAUCCUGAAGCUGCACAACAAAUUGAUCAAUUUAUUAGUAAACUGAAAGAUCUAUAUAGCAUCAAAGAACCAUACACAAUGAUUUUUGAAGAUAUUUCUGGCAAUACAUUUGUACAAAAUCCAAAGGCACCACAGAAAGACAAUGACUGUGAAAUUCACUAUUUUAAAAGAACGAACGAUCAAAAUCAUAUUUUAGGUAUCUAUGUAGAGAACGAAGAUAAGCUGCUUCAACCAAUUAAAGAAAAUGAAUACACUUUAGAAGAUAUUGAAGGGGAAGUUUUGACUUUUCCAACAAAUUGUCCAGAAUGUAACAAUCCCUGUGAGACAAAUAUGAAAAUGACAAAUAUCCCCUAUUUUAAAGAGGUUGUAAUUAUGGCAACUGCCUGUGAAAUUUGUGGACAUAAAACAAAUGAGGUAAAAAGUGGUAGUGGUAUUGAGCCAGAAGGAGUGAGAAUAGAAGUAAAGAUAAAUGGCAAGGAAGAUUUUGUUCGAGAUUUACUUAAAUCUGAGACUUGUUAUAUGAAAAUACCUGAAUUGGAAUUGGAAGUAGGAUCAACUACAUUAGGAGGCCGUUUUACCACUGUUGAAGGAAUUAUCACUGCUGUAAAAGAUCAAUUAUCUACAUCAACAGCUUUAACUGGCGACAGCACUGAUCCAGAAAUUCAAUCUAGAAUUAAAAAUUUUAUAACUCAACUUGAUCAAGUUUUGCAAGGAACUAAAAAAGUUACUUUAAUUCUUGAUGACCCUGCUGGAAAUAGCUAUGUACAAACCCUAAGUGAUAUUGGAACAGAUGCUGGAUUAACUAUUACUAAAUAUAAUAGGAGUUUUGAGCAAAAUGAAGAGCUUGGAAUUAAUGAUAUGAGAGUUGAAAAUUAUUAAUUGUAUAUAUACAAAUAUUGUUACAUGUUUUCCCAAAGUUUUCAAAAUAUUUUUCAAACUAAUUUUUCACUUUUAAUUUGUGUAUAUAAAGUUAAUCUUCAUUGUCUUCAUCUUCGGCAAUGGAUCUAGAAAUGAAA